AUGAGCUACAACGACGACCGUCAGGGCUACCAGCAGGGUGGCAGCUACCAGGGUGGUAACUACCAAGGCGGUUACCAGCAGGGCGGAUAUGGCGGUGACGACCGUCAACAAGGUGGUUACCAACAGGGAGGAUACGGCGACGACCGCCAGCAGGGAGGUUACCAGCAAGGAGGAUACCAGCAGGGAGGUUAUGGUGGUGACCGUCAACAAGGCGGCUAUCAGCAAGGUGGCUAUCAACAGGGCGGUGGUCCUGGCGGCGGUCUUGCAGACACCUACUUCUCUGAGAACCAGCAGCACCAGGGACCUCCACCCUACAACCAAGGCCAGGGUCAGUUCGGCGGCCCAGGCGGACCUGAUGGCCCAGACGGCGAGCGCGGCGUGAUGGGUGCUCUCGCUGGAGGUGCUGCCGGUGGCUUCGGCGGUUACAAGCUCGGCGGCAAGACCGGACACACCAAGACAGCUGCCGUCGUCGGUGCCCUUGCCGGUGCCUUUGGUGGCCACAAGCUUCAGGAUGCCGCCGAGGACUGGAAGGAUGACCGAGAUGAGAAGAAGGAAGAGGAGAAGCGACGAGAGGAAGAGGAGAAGCGCCGAAGGGAGGAAGAGAAGCGCAGGAGAGAGGACGACAGAUACAGGAGGGACGAUGAAGGAAAGCAUAGACGUCGUCGUGGAUCUCACUCCAGCUCGAGCUCCGACUCGGACUCUGACUCGGGCAAGGGCAGACGUCGCCGUGGAAACUAUGCCGGCAAUUUCACUGCCUCUUCCAGAGACAUUCGUCUCGAUACUCACGGCGACUACAUCCUCAGCGCUUCAUGCGGACGUGGCGAUGGCUCUCGCAGCCACAGCUCCAUCUCCCUCAACAGAGUCCUCGAAAACCACCACGGCAGCUUCCGCUGGGUCGACAGCGGAAAGCGUGGCGGAAGCAACACUGUCACUGUCCAACAUGGCGACACCCUCCGCACCAUCGCAGCUCGUUUCAACUGCUCCUUUGACGAGAUUGCCCGCCACAACAAUAUCAACAACCCAGACCUCAUCUACCCGGGCCAGACGCUCCAAGUUCCAGGCGGUGGCAGCUCUGGUGGAUACGGCAAUUUUGGUGAUUCGGCACGCAAUGUACGUCUUGUUGAUGGAGGCCAGAAGCUGGAGGCUGAGCUGUCCCAUAACGGGGAGUGGUGUUUCAGCUCGAUUGUGCUGGAUGAACGGAUAGAGAACAAUCAUGGUGAGCUGAGGCUCAUCUAG